AAUCCAGUCUAUUCUAUUUUGAAUAGUCCAGGUAGUUGACUACAGGAUCGGAUCCUCUGUCUUUGCCUGAAACUUUCACUGUCUGUCAAAGGAAUAGCUGAACUACUACAUUGAUUAGGCGGAUCUAACUCUUUUGAGAAAUGCCCAGAGGCGUCUGUCUACUAGUUCAGUUGAGAACAAGGUGUCGAACUAGACUGAUAACUGAUCGUCUAUCGAAGCGCCUCUUUAAAGGCAGGAUGUCGAGAAUCGUGUCUCUAUAUACGAAGAGCAGGCAUGCGUGGGACUUUAGGACAAGACUCCGUAAGACCUUUGUUUAAUAUGCCUUUUGUUUACGACGAAUAGGAAUAGGUUCUUUUCAGAUUUGACAUAAGAGGGUAAUUCGUCAAAUUGGAAUCGGAUCUAACAUGUGCAGCCUAAGCUUACUUCUCUUGGCUCCCGGCGGGGUUGUCUAGUCCUAAAGCUAACCAGAACGGCAAAGAAGAGUUCUAUUCGGCGACCGGUAGGGAGAGGAGAGGAUGGGAGGAGAGAACGUCGACCAUAAGGGAGAGGAAGAGAGUGAAUCUAAAAAAGAGAGUCCGACUUGCAUGUGUUAAGCAUAUAGCUUUCUCUUCUCUCGAGUUCACUCUUUUCCUAUCAUGGAAGUUAGCUCAAAACCAACUCUUCUUUCUAGCUUGGUAAUCCCUCGCUUUAUUUACUUUUUUGAAUGCAGUUCGGGAUCGAACGAGGUUCUUAAAAAGAAAGGCUAUUCAUCUUCCCUUACGGGCUUAUGGAUCUAGUGGAUCGUCCCAGUAAACUACUACUUAUACUAAUUAUACUAACUACUUAGUUAUCGUCACUGGCUGCAGAUCUGGCUUGGCUCGAUAGCCUAUUGAAUAGGAUGGAGGAAGCCUUGUCCCUAGCUUCUGAAACAAGAGAACGGACCGACUCUAACUAAUCCACUCCUACUAACAGGAAGUGUAAGGGCAGACCUCGUCCUACUUUCACUCUACUUUUUCCAUUUCAAUGCUAGCUCGAUUGCAGCUAGAUUUCUCAGUAGGGACUACUAAUGGACUAUCAGAAACGAAGUGAGGGAUUGGACGACGGACGGGACAACUAGCUAAUUGGGGGACGGAGGGACAGAGAGAACUCUUCAACGAAAAUCAAUCUUGAAAUUAAAUAAUAAUAAUCUCUAUCGUUCAGUAGGAAAUUUCUUUUUUUUUUUUUUUUUUUUUUUUUUUUUUUUUUAUUUAAAUAAAAGAUAGAAUCGUUCAGUAGGCUAAUCUUCAAAGUUUAUCGAUUGAGACAGCGGCAGGCCCAAAGAGCUCUACAGUAGUGCCUUGCGAGAUCGUAGCUCGUUCACCUAAGAUGGAAAAGCACUUGGUUGAAAGCCUAGCAACGAGAAAAAAGAGUCCCAUGCAUCCUUUAGUCAACAACCAUUAGUAAAGAAUAGGAUCAGACCAAGUGCGAGAUUGGAUCAAAAAUAACGUAUAGAAAGGAUUUGCAACAGAGAGCCUCAACAGCAGCUCUUAACCCACACUUUUUGCUAGUCAAUUGCAUUUCAAGUUCCCGCACAGUUGAUCCAGCAAAAAAUAGAAUCUAGUCUCCGUGAGUCUAUACCAAUAUUACACUUUCUUUAAAUACUUUUUUUCUAUAGGUUAUGUUAUAAGGAAGCCGAAUUUCCUAGGAAGAGAAGCGUGAGGAAAAAGAACAGGGAAUAAAGGAGAAAAGGAGGAUUGAAGGGGACGUGUAAGCAUGAAGGCGGAUACUAAGGUCAAUCUUGGUAGUGAAUAGGUCAGCAGUUGGAGAGGAGAAUCUUUCUAUAGAUAGAAGCAAGCGGAUACAAGAUCGAAAAGCUCUUUUUCAUGCCCAACAACUCCCAUGCCUUUCUUGGUCGGACCAAGCCAACUAUUUCCGACAAGUCUUUCCUCAUUUUUCGAGCAAGAAGCGGAACUACAAGAAAGAAUCUCAAUUUUAUGACAAAUCCGGUCCGAUGGCUGUUCUCCACUAACCACAAGGAUAUAGGGACUCUAUAUUUCAUCUUUGGUGCCAUUGCUGGAGUGAUGGGCACAUGCUUCUCAGUACUGAUUCGUAUGGAAUUAGCACGACCCGGCGAUCAAAUUCUUGGUGGGAAUCAUCAACUUUAUAAUGUUUUAAUAACGGCUCACGCUUUUUUAAUGAUCUUUUUUAUGGUUAUGCCGGCGAUGAUAGGUGGAUCUGGUAAUUGGUCUGUUCCGAUUCUGAUAGGUGCGCCUGACAUGGCAUUUCCACGAUUAAAUAAUAUUUCAUUCUGGUUGUUGCCACCAAGUCUCUUGCUCCUAUUAAGCCCAGCCUUAGUAGAAGUGGGUAGUGGCACUGGGUGGACGGUCUAUCCGCCCUUAAGUGGUAUUACCAGCCAUUCUGGAGGAGCAGUUGAUUCAGCAAUUUCUAGUCCUCAUCUAUCUGGUAUUUCAUCCAUUUUAGGUUCUAUCAAUUUUAUAACAACUAUCUCCAACAUGCGUGGACCUGGAAUGACUAUGCAUAG